CUGAGGCCACAGGUUCUCAGAACUGAGCAGGUUCUGACAAGGGAAUUGGAAUCUAUUUAAAUCCUGGCUUUCCUGCCUGCUCAAGAGAACUACCCGAAAAUAGUCUCAGGGCCUUGUCCAGAUGGGACUGACAGGCCAAAAUGCCAGAUUUUAGGCCUCCAGCUGAGGCUCCCCAGGGUGUGUAGGUGGGUGCACUCAGCCCCCUGCACCUCUGAAUAUCCGGGAGGAGUCGGCAAGGCAGCCUCCAGAUGUGCAUCUGCAAUGCAAAUUAAUGAGCUAAUUGCACAGCGAGGCGCUCAGCGGAUAAUCCAGGUCAGGCCUCUGCGCGGCCGUCCAGGGGGCCAUGGGGCCACCGGCAGGUCGCAGCGGGCCCGACCGAGAUCAGGACCCCGAGGCGAAGUACCGGCCGGAGCCGGGGCAGAGCACUUAGCGGAAAAGGCUAGAGAAGGGGGACCCCCCCUCGGGCAGACAGAGGCUCCUGGCCGCGGCCCCCGCACCCCUUGCCGACUUUUCCCGGGCUUUGUGUUCGCCUUGUCCUACCUGAGGCCACACCCUGAAAUCAAACUCGCGGCCAGGUGAAGCCGGCGCUGCACAAACAAGCCUCGGACUGCGGGCCAGGGAGGGUCCUCAGUCUUCCCUCUCCUCGGUGCCUGAGAGCUCUGCCCACUGAAGGGUGAGGAGUCAGGAGGAAGAGCAGGGGAGGAAGGCAGCCAGGAGGGAUUCUGUGGUUGAACCAUCCUGGGACAAACAGGAGUUGAAUGUGAUCUGAAAGAAAAAACAAAAAACUUUAACGUGCUGUUGGAUUCAACUUACUAGUUUUGUUUAGGAUUUUCCUUUUUAUUCACAGGCUCCCAUGAAGCCCCUCGCUGGAGCUCAGCCUGACCCUACCCACACAGGCACCAUGUUCCGAAAGAAAAAGAAGAAACGCCCUGAGAUCUCAGCCCCACAGAACUUCCAGCACCGUGUCCACACCUCCUUUGAUCCCAAAGAAGGCAAGUUUGUGGGCCUCCCACCACAAUGGCAGAACAUCCUGGACACGCUUCGGCGACCCAAGCCCGUGGUGGACCCUUCUCGAAUUACUCGGGUGCAGCUCCAGCCCAUGAAGACCGUGGUGCGGGGCAGCUCGGUGCCCAUGGACGGCUACAUAUCAGGGCUGCUCAACGACAUCCAGAAGUUGUCGGUCAUCAGCUCCAACACCCUGCGUGGCCGCAGCCCCACCAGCCGGCGGCGGGCACAGUCCCUAGGGCUGCUGGGGGAUGAACACUGGGCCGCUGACCCGGACAUGUACCUGCAGAGCCCCCAGUCUGAGCGCACGGACCCCCAUGGCCUCUACCUCAGUUGCAACGGGGGCACACCAGCAGGCCGCAGGCAGAUGCCGUGGCCGGAGCCACAGAGCCCAAGAGUCCUACCCAACGGGCUGGCCACCAAGGCACAGUCGCUAGGCCCCACCGAGUUCCAGGGUGCCACACAGCGCUGCCUGCAGUUGGGUGCCUGCCUACAGAGCUCCCCACCCGGCGCCUCACCCCCCGCAGCCACUGGUAGGCGUGGGACCAAGGUUGCCAGGCAUGGUUCCGAGGAGGCCCGGCCACAGUCCUGCCUGGUGGGCUCGGCGACUGGCAGGCCAGGCGGGGAGGGCAGCCCCAGCCCUAAGACCCAGGAGAGCAGCCUUAAGCGCAGGCUGUUCCGAAGCAUGUUCCUGUCUACUCCUGCCACAGCCCCUGCGAGCAGCAGCAAGCCAGGCCCUCCCUCUCAGAGCAAGCCCACCUCCUCUUUUCGACCGCUGCAGAAAGAACCCACCCAAAGCCUGGUGGCCAAGGCCCAGUCCUUGCCCUCAGACCAGCCCAUGGGGACCUUCAGCCCUCUGGCCACCUCGGAUACCAGCAGCCCCCAGAAGUCCCUCCGCAUAGCCCAAGCUGCCGGCCCACCCCCAGGCCGGUCUUCCCCCGCGGGCUCCCCACGCACCAGGCAAGCCCAGAUCAGCACCAGCAACUUGUACCUGCCCCAGGACCCCACGGUGGCCAAGGGUGCCCUGGCUGGCGAGGACACAGGUGUUGUGACACACGAGCAGUUCAAGGCUGCGCUCAGGAUGGUGGUGGACCAGGGUGACCCCCGGAUGCUGCUGGACAGCUACGUGAAGAUCGGCGAGGGCUCCACGGGCAUCGUCUGCCUGGCCCGGGAGAAGCAUUCAGGCCGCCAGGUGGCCGUCAAGAUGAUGGACCUCAGGAAGCAGCAGCGCAGGGAGCUGCUCUUUAAUGAGGUGGUGAUCAUGCGAGACUACCAGCACCUCAACGUGGUGGAGAUGUACAAGAGCUACCUGGUGGGCGAGGAGCUGUGGGUGCUUAUGGAGUUCCUGCAGGGCGGGGCCCUCACGGACAUCGUCUCCCAAGUCAGGCUGAACGAGGAGCAGAUCGCCACUGUGUGUGAGGCCGUGCUGCAGGCCCUGGCUUACCUGCAUGCCCAAGGUGUCAUCCACCGGGACAUCAAGAGUGACUCCAUCCUCCUGACCCUGGAUGGCAGGGUGAAACUCUCUGACUUCGGAUUCUGUGCUCAGAUCAGCAAAGACGUCCCUAAGCGGAAGUCCCUGGUAGGCACCCCUUACUGGAUGGCUCCUGAAGUGAUCUCCAGGUCUCUGUACGCGACUGAGGUGGAUAUCUGGUCUCUGGGCAUCAUGGUGAUUGAGAUGGUGGACGGGGAGCCACCCUACUUCAGCGACUCCCCAGUGCAAGCCAUGAAGAGGCUCCGGGACAGCCCCCCACCCAGGCUGAAAAACUCUCACAAGGUCUCCCCAGUGCUUCGAGACUUCCUGGAACGGAUGCUGGUGCGGGACCCCCAGGAGAGAGCCACGGCUCAGGAGCUCCUGGACCACCCUUUCCUGCUGCAGACAGGGCUGCCCGAGUGCCUGGUGCCCCUGAUCCAGCUCUACCGCAAGCAGACCUCCACCUGCUGAGCCCGGGGACACUGGGCAGCCAGCCUGCCGGCGGGGCCUGCCUGCCUCAUUCUCUCAGUAUUCUCUCCAAAGAUCGAAUGUGAAACCCCACCCACACCCUUCUGCCCCUCAGCCCACUGGGCCAGGCCGGACCUGCCCCUCGGUCUCUCUGCCUCCCAAGAGAGUCCCCAGUUGCCUUUGGGAUGGUGGAGACCCCCUUCUACAGAAUGACCCUCUGUUAUUUGCACAGGGAUAUUUCUAAGAAACGUGGAGACCCGCACUCCUGGCCACGUGGCCAACACAGCAGAAAAAGCUGCUGCGGUUUUUUAAAAGUAGUUGUACAUUAGCAUCCCAGGUCACCGAGAGGGCAGACUGCCUGUCUUCGCCAGGAUACUUGCUGUUCUCAGCUCCAGCUCUAAACCCUGGGGUCUCAAGAGAGCCACAGGGAAGGUUUCUAUUGCCUGAAGCCGUCUUCCUCCUUUACGUCUGACUUCCUGAAGGUACGGUCCAACCUGCACCUGUUUCCUGACCCACCUGCACUGACACCACUCUCCCUGCACAGCCUGCUCCAAACUGUGAACAGCCUGCUCUCUGGCCAGGGGUGGAGGAAGGGCAUUUGUCUGGGUAAAAGAGAAAGAAUGCGGUUGGUGGUAAACAUAAUCUCACUUUACAGGAUGGAGAGAACAUUGUGUGUGUGUGUGUAAGUGGAGGACAGUCACCCUGACAGCCUGGCUCCCUUCAGGUCACUCACAGGUCACCUACUUCAGUAAGGCUUCCCAUCCUUUCUGCCACUAAAUUCUACCAGGAAGGGACUGCUUUCUUGGCCUGGUUUCCCACCUCCUAAGUCCCGUGUUUCUACCUGAACAGUGAAGAGAGCUGACACAUCCCAGGGGCUUCGCAGAUUUCCAGGUGUCUCCUGUACUGUGGAGUCUGAGAGCCAGAGAUGGGAAUGGUAAAGGAACAAACUUUGUUUUGCCUGUGAGCUUUCUCUCAAUAACCAGGUCAUCAAGGACCCAUUAUUUUCAAAAAUCUUGGUCUGAGGGAGAUGAACCACCCCCUGGGGCUCCAUCCUGUCAAGAAAAUGGACACCCCCUUUGUGCAAACCAUCUGCCCUAGCUGCCUCUUCAGACACCUGUCUCUUUGUCCCCCUUCCCUCCCCACCUUCAGGGAUGUUGUGAGUCAGGGAAUCCAGGGAAGAACUCCAGGUGUCAGGACCCUAUCUAGAUAAUAUUUUUAGAUUCCUCUGCUCCCUAGUGGCCUGCUUUGGGCCCCCCCCCCCAAAAAAAAGAAACUUGCAAGGACUUUUUUAAGGGUCAGAGUUUUAAAAACAAAAGCAUCUUCCCUAGAAACUUUUGUGAAUUGUUUGCACUUGUGCCUGUUUUAAAUUAAACUGAGUGUUCAAAACC